AUGAUCACAGGGAACUGUUUACCUACACCACCAUCCCCUUACAAAAACGACCCCAACAGUAACGUCGAUCGCGAGUACAGGAGCAACAUGUCUCGGCCAACUCUGACUACAGAAAUGGUCUGUCCCACUCUCCAGUACACCUGGACAUGGCUCCAGUCCCACAUCAGGUCGGGUCAGGCCAGGGGGUGUCGGGUUGUCCCUGGGGUCGGGUCUGAGCAGGGGUUGGGUCUGAUCUGGGGCCGGGUGGACUGUGACUGGGGACGGGUCUGUCAAGGGGUUCGGGUUCUGUGCCUGGGGUUGGGUCGUCCCUGGGGCUUGUCAGUCCCUGGGGCCCGGGGAACAGUACCUGCGGGGGUCUGUCCCUGGGCGGGUCUGACCCUUGUGCGGGGUCUGUCCCUGGGGCCGGGUCAGACCCUGGGGCCGGGAUUACCUGGCCGUGGAUGUCCCAAGGGGUGGGAUCUGUUCAUGGGCCGGGGAUACUGUCAGCGGCGGGGUUGA